UCAAAUGCACACAGCAAGCAUGCAUGUAAACCACACACUUGCCACUCCGGCUGCCUCAGCGCUGCAGAGCCCCUCUCCGCUGCCUGUCCUCGGAUCCCUGGUGCACACUGGAGGGAAGUAAAACCUACCCAGACAGGAAGUGAAGCAGUUGGUGAGCUUUUCUGGUGAUCUGCACAGAUGCUGGGGCACUAAGCAAACAGCCAUCAGUUUCUGGAGCUGUUCUAAGUCCCGUGGAGUCUCCAUUGGAGCCAUUUCGUCGUCCAGGCAUCCCGAUGUUGGUGGAUGGCCCAUCUGAGUGGCCAGCCCUGCGCUUCUUACUGUUGGCUGUGGCAAUGUCUUUCUUCCGCUCAGCUCUAUCCAUAGAUGAGGCGCAUCUGUUGUUGAAAGAAAAAAUGAUGCGGCUGGGGGGGCCGCUGGUGCUAACCACCAAGGAGGAGCAGGCCAACGAGAGGCUCAUGACGCUCAAAAUCGCUGAGAUGAAGGAGGUCAUGAAGACCCUGAUAUUCCCACCCAGCAUGCACUUUUUCCAGGCUAAGCAUCUCAUUGAGAGAAGUCAAGUGUUUAAUAUUCUAAGGAUGAUGCCAAAAGGGGCUGCCUUGCACCUCCAUGACACUGGCAUCGUGACUAUGGACUGGCUGGUGAGGAAUGUCACCUACAGGCCUCACUGCUACAUCUGUUUCACCUCGAAGGGGAUCAUGCAGUUUAGAUUUGCUCACCCAACUCCCCGUACAUCAGAAAAAUGUUCCAAGUGGAUCCUGCUGGAGGAUUAUCGGAAGCGGGUGCAGAACAUCACUGAGUUUGACGACAGCUUGUUGAGGAAUUUCACUCUGGUGACCCAGCACCCAGAGGUGAUUUACACAAACCAAAAUGUUGUCUGGUCGAGAUUUCAAACCAUCUUCUUCACCAUCUCUGGUCUCAUCCGUUAUGCACCAGUGUUCAGAGACUAUGUCUUCCGGAGCAUGCAGGAGUUCUACGAGGACAACGUGCUCUACAUGGAGAUCAGAGCCAGGCUGCUGCCGGUGUAUGAGCUCAGUGGAGAGCACCACGACGAAGAGUGGUCAGUGAAGACUUACCAGGAAGUAGCUCAGAAGUUUGUGGAAACUCACCCUGAGUUUAUUGGAAUCAAAAUCAUUUAUUCAGAUGACAGAUCCAAAGACGUGACUGUCAUUGCAGAAUCCAUCCGAACGGCCAUGGGGCUCCGAACCAAGUUCCCCACGGUGGUGGCAGGGUUUGAUCUGGUAACCCAUGCUGUGAACAGAAGGGCUGCCUGUUUAUACAAGGAAAGCUUGAGAUCCCAGGGGAUGGCGUUUAGCUGGCCUUAUUCUUCCGCCGGAGAGACAGAUUGGCAGGGCACUUCUAUAGACAAGAACAUUCUGGAUGCUCUGAUGCUGAACACCACCAGAAUCGGCCAUGGAUUUGCUUUGAGUAAACACCCCGCAGCCAGGGCUUACUCCUGGGAAAAGGACAUCCCCAUAGAAGUCUGUCCCAUCUCUAACCAGGUGCUGAAACUGGUGUCUGACUUGAGGAACCACCCUGUAGCCGCUCUGAUGGCCAUUGGGCACCCCAUGGUAAUCAGCUCUGAUGACCCAGCCAUGUUUGGUGCCAAAGGCUUGUCGUACGAUUUCUAUGAAGCCUUCAUGGGCAUUGGGGGGAUGAAGGCUGACCUGAGGACCCUCAAACAGCUGGCCAUGAACUCUAUCAGGUACAGCACCCUGUUGGAGAUGGAGAAAAAUACCUUCAUGGAAAUCUGGAAGAAGAGAUGGGAUAAGUUCAUAGCGGAUGUGGCUACAAAGUGAGGAGAAGCUAGCCAGCCCUCCACAAGCUGUCUUCUCAAACCCACUGUCACUGCCUCUCACUCGUUCUUGAAUCAGCUCCAUGUCCCCACCAAAUCAACGGCCUCUGUGUGGAGCGACGGUGUCAGAAGCACUUGGCUGGCUGACCAAAGUCAUCCUCUAGAAAUAUUCUCUCUCAAUCACAGUGACAUUGACCCUCUUGGUUUUCUCCUCUCUCUGGCCAUUUCUUCCAGUUUCCCUAUUUCAGAGUCUCCUCCUCUCUCUGAUCUCUGAUCUCUGUGCUGUUUCCUCAGGACUCAGUCCUGGGCUCUCUUCUAUUCUGGUCUCUUUAUUUUUUUAUUUUAAAAAUGUUUUUGAGAUGGAGUUUUGCUCUUGUUGCCCAGGCUGGAGUGCAGUGGCGCGAUCUCGGCUCAGUGCAACCUCCGCCUCCCGGGUUCAGGCAAUUCUCCUGCCUCAGCCUCCUGAGUAGCUGGGAUUACAGGCAUGUGCCACCACACCCAGCUGAUUUUUGCAUUUUUAGUAGAGACAGGUUUUCACCAUGUUGGUCAGGAUGAUCUCGAUCUCUUGAAUUCGUGAUCUGCCCACCUCUGCCUCCCAAAGUGCUGGAAUUACAGGCUGAGCCACCAUGCCUGGCCUCUUCUGGUCUCUUUAACUCUCUCCUCUUUAUUUCUCUUCUCUCUCUGUACUCUUUUCCUGGGUGGUCUCAUCCAUUCCUUUGCUUUCUCAUACC